AGUACGUAUUAGUUUUUCGGAGGGUGUUAGCCAUCUUGAGAAGAGCCGGUGGCUGUCCAAAGAAAACGUUUCGUAGUGUCCGUGUAAACAGUGUAGACUAGUAGCCAUGGAUGAAGAAUACGAUGUCAUCGUUUUGGGUACAGGCUUGAAGGAAUGUAUCCUCAGUGGCAUGCUGUCUGUCAGUGGGAAGAAGGUCCUGCAUAUGGACAGAAACAAGUACUAUGGUGGCGAGAGUGCCUCAAUGACCCCACUUGAAGAUUUCUAUAAAUAUAAAGGACGGACAUAUCCAGGAGAUAAUGAAAAGUUUGGAAGAGGAAGGGAUUGGAAUGUUGACCUAAUUCCCAAGUUGUUGAUGGCAAAUGGCCAGCUGGUGAAGCUUCUCCUCCACACUAAGGUCACCAGGUACCUGGAGUUCAAGUCCAUUGAAGGAAGCUAUGUAUACAAGCAAGGCAAAAUCUACAAGGUGCCCUGCAAUGAAAAGGAGGCUCUUACUUCAUCUUUAAUGGGUCUGUUUGAGAAAAGGAGGUUUAAGAAUUUCCUUCAGUAUGUUUCGGACUUUAAGGAAGAUGACCCAAAGACCCACAAGGAUAUCAAUGUGAAAGGAACAGCCUUACAGCUCUAUGAAAAGUUUGGUUUGGACAAGGGAACUAUUGACUUUGCAGGCCAUGCCUUGGCUCUCUACCGAGAUGACAGCUACCUGAAUGGCCCCUGUGUGGACCUGAUCAAACGCUGCCAGCUGUACAGUGACUCCCUGGCCAAGUAUGGCAAGACCCCAUACCUGUAUCCUCUGUAUGGUCUAGGUGAACUACCACAAGGCUUUGCAAGACUCAGCGCCAUCUAUGGUGGAACCUACAUGCUGGACAAGGAAGAUGCUACAAUAGUGUAUGAGGAUGGGAAGGUGGUUGGCGUGUCUUCAGCUGGAGAGACAGCCAGGUGCAAGAUGGUUGUGUGUGACCCCAGCUAUGCCAAGGAGAAGUGUAAGAAAGUGGGAGAGGUGGUGCGUGCUAUAUGCAUAUUGAACCAUCCAAUUCCCAAUACUGCAGAUGCUUUGUCUUCUCAAAUCAUCAUUCCACAGAACCAAGUUGGACGUAAAUCGGACAUCUAUGUUUGCUGCGUGUCCUAUACCCAUCAAGUAGCUGCCAAGGGCUUCUUCCUGGCCAUUGUCAGUACAACUGUUGAGACAGAUAACCCAGAGGCGGAACUUAAACCAGGACUUGAUCUUCUAGGACCAAUUGUUGAGAAGUUUGUUGAUACUUCUGAUUUACUGGCUCCCACAGACGACGGAACUGAUAGUCAGGUGUUCAUCACCAAGUCGUACGAUGCAACUACUCACUUUGAAACCACUUGUGAUGAUGUCUUGGAUCGCUUUGAAAAAAUUACUGGUGAGAAGUUUGAUUUCUCAAGCGUCAGCCAAGUUGAUGAUCAACAGCAGGAAAACUGAACAAAACAAUGUGACUUUCACUGCAAUUAUGUUGCACAUUGGACAGUGCUUAUUCCACGUCAUUCACGACACAGGACCACACUGCCCAAGCUUCGGAGAAGAUCCACCAUCUUGGAAUGCUUAGAAACAGUGGUGCCCUGGUGAAUCUGCUUCGUCAAGUCUGGGUAGUCUCCCUUUGUCUGCCAUGUAGACCAGACAACAGUCUGAUCAUGUAACAAGCUCAUUGAGUUGAAUGUUUCCCACGGGAUGCUUCUAUUGGUGCAGCUGUCCUUUUUUAUGUUCGACCAUGUACUAUAAGCCCCGCUUGUUUUGUGUCCAAAUUGUUGGUCAUGUCAAGGUGUAUUAGGUGUUGUAAGAUUUUGUCUAAUAUUCUUGUUGUCUUCAAUCAUGUACAAGACAUUUCUGAAGACAUUUUACCCAGUGUAAGUGACUCGCUCUUUCUCUGUCUGUCAGAUGAAUUCUGGUUAAGUAGGUACAGAUGUUAUUGCUGCUUUGAUUAUUUUAUGCAUGCUUAGUAUCUACAACUUUGGAGUAGUCCCAUGACAUGAAAGUCUGUUGUGUUAAUGGUAAUUUGAUAAUGAAAGUGUCCAACUCUACUUCAUCCUAUCAAUAGAUACUGUUUUAGUAGUCAUUAUUUUAGCACACCAAGAAGUUGUUUCCCCCUUCCUCAAAUUCCAUAAGGUGUAUUUUAUUUUGUUAAACAGUACCAUGAUGUACAUGUAUUUAACUGCUGUAAUGAUGUGAAUAAACUCUUAAUAUAUGAAAUAAUUGCAGUUUCGUCAAUUGAUAUGGUAAUGGCAUAAUGCCAAGCUCAAAUUUGAAGACGUUGAUAAGUCGUUUUUAAAACAUCUUGAGUUACUUGGGACUAGGUCAGCAUGGCUUUCAUUCAUACAAAGGACGGCACCCCACCUGACGUGAAACCUGUUCAUACCGAACUGGGUAAUCCUAAUGUGGUCAUCAGAUUCUUGCACUUGAGAAGACCACGUAGAAAGCUUGCUAAGGGUGACGUUGUGAAGGUAUUGGGCUGGUGUCCCUGUGUUCAUGUAUAUUUCUGAUUCUGUUGCAUCUCUGUAAAUUGGAUCAUGAAGUAUAUACUACAGAUGAUUGAAUAUUUUGUUAUACUCUAUUUGCAGUGGUUGAAGAUUUUGGAAGCUUUAUAUUUUGUCAGCUGUUCAGUGUACAAACAUUCUGUGCAUAUUACAGUCUGAAGUAGAUAAGUCUAAGUAGGCUCGAACAACUACAAGUAUCACAUGCCAAAAGUGGUCUGUGGUGAACCAGUGCCAAAGGCAGUAUUUUAUGCAGUGGAACCUUUUUUGAAAACAAUUGUCCAAAUUGUUGAUUGUAACCCACAUGUACUUAAGUGAUUUAGGGUUUGGGAGAAGGAUGUUUUGUGAAUCAGUGCAUGGGAAUUUCAAACUUAUCUUUUACAGAGACCUUUUACAGACUGGAAAAUAUUAGUCAUGUAAUAUUUUCAAGAGUCGCUAGUUACUCUGUCUUUCGAUUCCGUAGUUUUUUCUGGCCCCAAAGUAAGAUAUGUUCAUGAAGCCUGUUUACCAUUCCUGGAUAAAUGGAUGAGAUUCAUUGUCACAGAUCAAUUCUGGAUAUGGUGCACUUGUUUUUGAAGGGUUUCACUCCAGCUGGUCCGUGCAAUAGUUUGAGAACCUGUGUAUGUUAAUAUGUACUAUAUCACCUUUCACUUUUGUUUAUUCGUCCAGACAUGUACUCUUUGUCUAAGCAGAUAAAAUUAGUAUGAUUCUGCUCUGUUGUUGACAAAUCCUGAUAUUUCACUCAAAAGGCUACCAAUGUACUUUGAGAGAAUUUUAGCUUUCAUUGACAUCCAGAUGAAUUUCUUGCGCAUGUAUGAGUAAAAUCAAGUCAUUGAUUAUUGUCAAUAAAGAUGUGAGUAUUGCUUUCA